CAGCGUGAGACCGUGAUUUCAUUGCCAAAAUCGUGAGACACACGGCGGAAUCGUGAUACAUGACAGGUAUUUAUAAAAACAGGGAUUUGUUCAGAUCUGAAUGCAAACGGCUGUCUGAAACUGACAAGGAAGCCUGCAGCUGAUGUUUGAAUGCAUUUGAAAUGACUCCGGAGCUACUUCCUUCGCUCUUUACCAUCUUAGUUGUUCUGAGGUAUGCCUUUGGAAUUAUUACAGACGAGCAACGGCUUCAUCACGAAAUUAUGCAGAAACGGCAUUUCAGUAAGCUGAUAAAACCUCCAGGGGAAGGUGACAACAAUACAUUGACCGUCAAAAUUGCUAUGAGGCUAUCUGAGCUUCUGUAUGUAUCUGAAAGAAACCAAAUUGUUACAACGAAAAUGUGGUUGAGGCAUGAGUGGUACGAUGUUCGAAUGAAGUGGGACCCUACAGACUUUGGGAAUAUCACCUAUACACACUUUCCCAUUGAGGAUAUGUGGCGACCAGACAUCGUUCUUUACAACAAUGCUGAUGGCGAUUUUGAGGUUACCCUUCUAGUAAAAGCGUACGUUAUGUACACGGGCAAGGUUAUAUGGGAGCCACCAGCCAUUUACAAGAGUUAUUGUCCAAUAAAUGUCGAGUACUUUCCGUUUGAUGAGCAGGAAUGCUUCUUCAAGUUCAGCUCAUGGGCGUAUGAUGGCAUUGAGGUUGACCUCCGCCAUGUCUGGGAAGAGGAAAGGGGAAUCAUUGAAAACAAUCAAACGAAAAUUCCAAUGGGUGUUGACCUGUGUGAUUACAGUCAAAACUUCGAGUGGGAUAUCAUCAACGUUACCGCUACAAGGAAAGUAAAGUUCUAUCCCUGUUGCCAGAACAAGCCUUAUCCUGAUAUAACGUUCUGGAUUACAAUACGUCGCAAAACUUUGUUCUAUACAGUUAACUUGAUAAUGCCUAUUGUUGCCAUUUCAACACUGACUGCUCUUGUGUUUUAUUUACCGAGUGAAUCUGGCGAGAAGAUAACCUUGUCAAUCUCUAUUCUUCUAGCACUUACUGUGUUCUUCUUGCUGCUCUAUGAUAUCAGUCCUCCAACGUCAUUGGUGAUACCAUUGAUCGGUAAAUAUUUGCUCUUCACUAUGAUCGUUGUGACAAUGUCUAUAUUUCUGACAGUGUACACACUGAGUGUUCAUUUUCGCUCCCCUGCAACUCAUAAGAUGACGCCAUGGACGAGAAAACUCUUUAUUGAAAUACUUCCUCAAGUUUUGUGCAUGAAAAGACCUGAUCAGGAUGAUAUAAAGCUGUGUAACCUUAUGGAUGAAAUUGUAAGUGAGGGGACUCAAAACAAGAAAAAUACGGCGAGAUUCUUGUUACGGCAAUAUUACAAAGAUGUUGAAAACCUAAACAGCGGUGAAGCCAAAUUUCGCCGAAUAAGGUCCAUACAAAGUAUUUACAAUUAUCCUGACAAAAUCAAAGCAUCAUUAAGAGGGUUAACCUAUAUAGCUGAACACAUGAAGAAUAGCGACAAAGAAAAAAAGGACAUGUUGGACUGGAACUAUGUUGCCAUGGUGAUGGACCGCCUAUUCCUGUUCCUCUUCACUUCCGCCUGUACAGUAGGGACUCUGACAAUCUUCCUGAGUGCGCCAUCCAUCCAUAAUCCUCAGCAACCACUUACACGGAGCGACUUAUUCUGUUCAAGGAGAUGAUAACGGUUGUGGUGUUGUUUAAAGCAAUUAGAAUACAAAACAAUUGGUUUAAGCCUGUGCCAUGAAACGGGGUUAAUGUUUAAACUUUUUGCUACUGAGCUUGUUUCUGUAGUUUUUCAUAUUUACAUUAACCAAUAUGUAUUUAUCAUUUUAGAAUUGUAUAUCCACAUACAUACUAUAUUAUUUGAACUAAAAAAAAUAGAACUAUGUUGUUAAUUCCACAUGAAAUAUAUGUAUUUCUUCUGUGACCAAAAGGUUUAAGUGUGACUUAAGUCUAUGAUAAACUUCCUAAAUAAUAUGCUUUAUUAUAUACCUUUCUUACUUAUACACAACAAAUGUAAUAAAAACAAAUAUCGAACAGACAUAUGCGACGCAAUGAUUUGAAGAAUCACAAAAAAAAAAUCAAUUUCGAUGUCGUCCAAAUUUUAUCCAUACAAUAAGUUUAGAAAUAGGGAUAAUCAUUUUCUGGCUUAUAAUGAAAUUAUCUAUAUUUAAAUAUUAAUGGUAGAUCUACUAGUGCAUGCAGUUUAUUUAGUAUUUCGAUUUUAAAGAUAGAUCUGGACCCCCACAUGGGCUUUAUAUUUUCAAAAUGUGUUUCAUUUGUGUCGCUGAUUUUGCAGCUUUCUUUCAACUGUAUAACUGUAAAUGCAGAUCUAACUUUAUAAAGGCAUUUGCGAUUGGGUGCCUUUAAAACUAUACACAAAAGUGUCUAGUAUUGCACUUUAAACUUAAUGCUCUUGUACAAUAUAUCUGUUUAUGACUGCUUAUGAUGUUUAAAUAAUUGAACAGCUUGUAGAAUAACAGUCUUCUUAAAGUUAACUUGCAAUGCAGUUGUACAUGUAUUUUUAUCUUCUUUAGUUUAGGCUUGACGACUAUGAGUAGCUAACUUACCCUUGAAUUAAAUUUGAUUCUUUAAGAGUAAGCCAAGUUUGGGAAAAGGCAAACACAUUUUGUUGCCAAUUCCUUUUCCCAUCAAUAUCAAGUGUUCAGCAACACGUCCAUCCGAAUUUGUUGCGUACGAAUCACUCACAUAUUCCUUUACAUAUCUUGAAUUUCAUAAUUUAGUAUAAAAAAUGUACUCGUAGCAAGAUGAACAACUUCCUAAAGUACUAAGAUAAAUAAAUACC